AUGUCGCAACCACCACAGGCUCAGCAAUUGAGCCACAAAGAUGGCGCCUUAUUCCGCCAGGUCGUCAGACAUUUUGAGAAUAAACAGUACAAAAAGGGUCUCAAGGCUGCGGAGCAAAUCCUCAAGAAGAAUCCGAACCAUGCCGAUACCCAAGCCAUGAAAGCGCUCAUCAUUGGCACUCAAGGCCAGACAGAGCCUGCCUUUGCCCUCGCGAAGACUGCCCUAGGAAACAACAUGAAGUCGCACGUAUGUUGGCACGUCUACGGUCUGCUAUACCGAGCCGAAAAGAAUUUCGAAGAGUCAAUCAAGGCGUACAAAUUUGCGCUUAGAUUAGAGCCGGAGAGUGUUCCAAUACAAAGGGAUCUGGCACACUUGCAGAUACAGAUGCGCGACUACGAGGGCUAUGCGCAGAGCCGCCAAAGCAUGCUGCAGCAAAAGCCGGGUAUCAGACAAAAUUGGACAGCACUUGCUAUUGCUCAUCACCUCGGCGGCAACUUUGAGCAAGCCGAGAAUGUCCUCACCACCUUUGAAGAUACCCUCAAGACAAAGCCAUCGAGAAAUGACAUGGAGCAUUGGGAAGCAGUCCUCUACAAGAACACCAUUAUUGCUGAAUCGGGCCAGGUCGAGAAGGCUUUGGAUCACCUCGAAGCUGUUGGGAAGAAAAGCCCGGAUGUCACCGGCGUUAUGGAAAUGCGAGCCGACUAUUUGUUACGGCUGGAUCGUAAGGCUGAAGCUGAAGCGGCAUAUGGCGCACUGUUGGACCGGAACCCCGAGAAUUCACAGUAUUAUGAUGGCUUCAUUAAGGCAAAGGGACUGACUGAGGAUCAAGCCGCCGACCUGAAGAAGGCAUAUGGCGAACUGUCCGAGAAAUUCCCAAAAUCAGACUUGCCGCGACGACGACCACUGGACUUUCUGCAGGGUGAAGAAUUCCGAGAAGCGGUCGACUCGUACCUCCAACGUAUGCUCCGAAAGGGCAUUCCAUCCACCUUUGCCAACAUCAAACACCUUUAUUCCGAUUCCUCGAAGAAGCAGAUCGUCGAGGAGGUAGUUGAGGGCUAUGCGGCGGGCAAGGUGGCGUCCAAGCCUAACGGAGACACAGAGAAGAAAGACCAUUUCGAAUCUUCUGUCCUCUAUUUCCUUGCGCAGCAUUACAACUACAAGCUCUCUCGGGACCUUGGCAAAGCUAUGACAUACGCCGACAAAUGCAUAGCACUUGACCCCAAGUCGGUGGACUUCCAUGCCGUCAAGGCCCGUACCUACAAACACCAAGGUGAUCUUGCCGCCGCUGCCAAAACGAUGGAAGAGGCCCGAGCGCUAGACGAGAAGGACCGUGCUAUCAACACGAAAUGCGCUAAAUAUCAGCUGCGCAAUGAUGAGAACGAUGCCGCACUCAACACUGCCUCAAAAUUCACCCAGAACAAAACCUCCGGCGGCCCCUUAGGCGACCUUAUCGACAUGCAAUGUGUCUGGUACUUAACCGAAGACGGUCAAUCCCACCUCCGCCAACGCAAGCUCGGCCUCGCACUGAAGCGCUUUCACCAAAUUCUUACCAUAUUCGACGUCUGGCAAGACGACCAAUUCGACUUUCACAACUUUUCCCUCCGCAAAGGCAUGAUCCGAGCCUACAUCGACAUGCUCCGGUGGGAAGACCAUCUGCGCGCCCACCCCUUCUUCUCACGCGCCGCCGUCUCGGCGUGUGAAGCCUACCUCCUACUGCACGACAACCCGGACCUCGUGCACGGCCCCAUGAUGGCGAGCGAAAACGGCACGGAGCUGUCAGCCGCAGAUCGCAAGAAGGCGCUCAAGAAGGCCAAGCGCGAGCAGGAAAAAUUCGAAAAGGCCGAAGCUGACAAGCGUGCGGCGGUGAAAGCGGCCAAGCCGACGCCGAAGAGCGAGCUGGAGGACGGCAAGAAGGAGGACACGGAUCCACUGGGCAAGACACUGGUAGAGACCAAGGAGCCACUGACACAGGCCAUGAAGUUCCUGGGUCCCUUGCUCGAGUACUGCCCGGACGUGGUCGAGGGCCAGGUCGUGGGCUUUGAGAUCUACACCCGCAGAGGAAAAGUGCUGUUGGCGGCCAAGUGUCUCAAGCGGUUACAGGAGUUGGCGCCCGAGCACGAGAAGCUUCGGGGUUUCAAGGAGCAGCUGAAGAAGAUGACGACGACGACGGAGAAGGCCGAGGGCGUCAGCGAGCGCGCCGUCCAGCUCGUCAAGACUGAGGCGGCGGACGUGCUGGCUUGA